UAUUCCACCAAAGGGAAGAAGCUCUAGUUUUGAUAAAAAGGUAAACUCGAGACAAAACCGAGCGACAGAAGCUGAGGUUUGGAAGAGACAAAGCACCCGGGCCAGGUAGAGCUGAGAAAAUGGCAUGGAGAGGACAACUUUCUAAGAACCUGAAAGAGCUUCGAAUUCUUCUAUGCCAAUCUUCCCCUUCAAGUUCGACUACUAGAACGUUUAUAGAGAGGAGUUAUAAGGAUCUCAAAACCCUUAACCCAAAACUUCCCAUAUUGAUCCGUGAAUGCAAUGGAAUAGAACCUCAGUUAUGGGCUAGAUAUGCUAAAAGCUAUGGUGUGAUUGGAGGUUCAUUUGAUGAUAAUUGCAAUCUGCGAAGUUAAGACUUUGACUCAUGUGACCUCUGCACUUAAAACUUUGACACAGCAAGAAAGAGAGGUGUUCCUUUAGCACAGCCUGUGCUUAACAUAUUUUCUGCUUUCAAUUAUGCUUUUUCAACACGUCCUGCAAUGUGUGGAUGACAUAUCCAACCUGUCAUUUGGCUAAGAAACUCGAAAAUAGGAGGUUGUUUUUUGUGUGAUGGUGAAUUAACACCGAUGUGUCUGCAACUAUGGGCAUGAAUUGUUGCUCCAUGUUCUUUCCUUGUUCAUUCACAAGUACAUGCUGUACUUCAUGCUGGUAUACGUUUGAGUUGUGUGAUUUUUUUUCCUUAUGCAAUCACAGGUUAGUUCUUUA